AUGACUUGGCCAAUCCGGAUUUCUUACCCAACAUGUAUGGAGUAUCGGAGUUUGAAUUCAACAAUGUUUCAUUUGAGUCACUCCCUGCAAUCUCAUUCGCAGUCACAAUCUCAAUUUGAUCUUGUAGACAACUCCGAUUGGUACCCUUGUCCUUACACGCCAACGUUCCAUGACAACAAUCUGGCCAAUUUUUCCGAGGCUAGCUUCAAUUCAACCACCGAGCUCCAUGACAUCAUGCACACCACCCCACCACUUUCAUCGCUCAACACAAACCUCAACCUUAAUCUCAAUCUUUCGUCCUCUUCUUCAUGUUCCGUGGGGUUGAAAAAAACCUCCUUGGCUGCCACUGCACAGGCACAUUUGAACCAAUUCAGUGGUCGAACCACUCCUAUUUCCAUCAAGCAUGAGUCUCCUCCUCCUCCUCCUCCACCCCCCGGAUCGUCUUCUUUCAAGCCGCUCCAAACCUCCCAAUCAAUGCCACAUCAGUUGACCAUCUCCAACUUUUCAAGCUUGAGCUCUUCCCACAGCAGCAGUAGCAACAACAACUUGCAUUCGGCCUUGGCUUCACUCCAUCCACAUCCACACCAACAUCCACACCAUCAAUCAACUCAUCCUUCCCCACUUUCGACUCAUUUACCGGGCCCCGCACUUGUGUUUCAGAAUUCCCCCACCUCUUCUGCAUCGCCCUUGGUCAACCAAUACAAGGCCUUGGAUCUUAAUUCACCCACACAACCGAUUCUCCCGCCUCAAAACACAUUCCGUCAUAAUUCCGACUCUUCAUUCAAUUCCACCUCUUCGGAAACUCCUCGUCGGACCACCUCACUGGUGUUCAAGAAGAAGAGCCAGGGUUCGAGCCACGCGCACACCAACAUCAUCCCAUCAACCCCCUUGGACCUCACCCCACUGAAAACCAUUUCCAAGAAGACCUCCUUGGCAGGGUUGGAUGGGACCAAGACGAAAAAAUAUACCCGACAAAGAUUACUCCCUAGAUCGAAAAAUGGAUGUUGGAUUUGUAGAAUCAAACAUUUAAAGUGUGAUGAAUGCAAACCUGUUUGUAAGAGUUGUCAUCGGUUCGGAAUCGAGUGUGACUACUCCGCGGAAAAACCGUUAUAUGUCAGCGACAAGACCUUGAGAAAGGAGAAGCUUGCCAGCAUUGCUCAGAGUAGAAAGAGUUCUUCUUCCGGAGGGAUCCAAAAGAAGAAGUCCAGAGCUCAAUUGAUCAGUUAA